AUGCUAAGAAACGGUGUCAAGAGAUUAUACUCUAACGUCGCCAGAACAGAUAAUUUCAAGUAUUCCUCGCUAGCGAAUGGUCUAAGAGUGGCAACGUCCAAUACUCCUGGGCACUUUAGUGCGCUAGGACUAUAUAUCGAUGCUGGAUCCCGUUUUGAAGGUAGAAAUUUGAAAGGCUGUACUCAUAUUUUGGAUAGGCUCGCAUUCAAAUCUACCGAGCAUAUCGAGGGCAGAGCAAUGGCAGAGACCCUGGAGUUACUGGGUGGGAAUUACCAAUGUACCUCGUCUAGGGAAAAUAUGAUGUACCAGGCUUCUGUAUUCAACCAAGAUGUGGGAAAGAUGCUUCAAUUAAUGUCGGAAACCGUAAGAUUUCCUAAAAUUACUGAACAAGAACUACAAGAACAAAAACUGUCUGCGGAAUAUGAAAUUGAUGAAGUUUGGAUGAAACCGGAAUUGGUGCUACCUGAGCUGUUACACACAGCAGCGUAUUCUGGGGAAACUUUGGGAUCCCCUUUAAUCUGUCCUAGAGAGCUCAUCCCUUCCAUUUCUAAAUACUACCUGUUAGAUUACAGGAAUAAAUUCUACACCCCAGAAAACACUGUCGCAGCGUUUGUGGGUAUUCCCCAUGAAAAAGCUUUAGAACUUGCAGAUAAGUAUUUAGGUGAUUGGCAAUCCACUCACCCUCCAAUUAGUAAAAAGGUUGCGCGCUACACCGGUGGCGAAAGUUGUAUCCCACCAGCACCGGUGUUUGGGAAUUUACCAGAGCUAUUUCACAUCCAGAUUGGAUUUGAAGGUCUUCCUAUAGAUCAUCCAGAUAUUUACGCUUUGGCAACUUUACAAACCUUACUUGGAGGUGGUGGGUCGUUCAGUGCUGGGGGUCCCGGAAAGGGGAUGUAUUCUCGUUUGUAUACGCACGUUUUGAAUCAAUAUUACUUCGUUGAAAAUUGCAUUGCGUUCAACCAUUCUUAUUCAGAUUCAGGCAUUUUCGGUAUCUCACUAUCUUGUGUACCGCAAGCAGCUCCUCAAGCAGUUGAAGUAAUUGCACAACAAAUGUAUAACACAUUUGCUAACGACAAUUUAAGGUUAUCUAAUGAAGAAGUUUCCAGGGCAAAAAAUCAGUUGAAAUCUUCACUACUGAUGAAUCUAGAGUCCAAGUUAGUAGAAUUGGAAGAUAUGGGUAGACAAGUCCUCAUGCAUGGCCGCAAGAUUCCAAUCAAUGAAAUGAUAAGUAAGAUUGAAAAUUUGACACCAAAUGAUAUCUCCCGUGUCGCCGAAAUGAUAUUUACCGGAAAUGUAAAUAAUGCUGGUAAGGGUAAAGGCAAAGCUACUGUUGUAAUGCAAGGAGACAGAGAUGCCUUUGGUAAUGUGGAGAAUGUAUUGAGCGCAUAUGGACUUGGUAAGAGUUCCACCAUCAAUAACAAUAGCCCUAAGAAAAGCAGUUGGUUUUGA